AUGUUCCUGGGAGUGCUGAUGCCUUCUGAAAUAGCUUUUUCAGACAUCGUAAGGGACGGGUUCGGGGUGAGGGCUUUGGGGGUUGGUGGGGGUGGGGUGUUGCACGGGGGAGGUGAGCAGGCAGAGGUGCCAGCCCCUCUUCCUUCUCUGGCUGUUUCUGUCCUUGCAGACUGGAGGCCGGUGCUGAACCUCGCUGCCCUGGACUGUGCUGACGAGACCAACAGCGCAGUCUGCAGAGACUUCAACAUCCCCGGCUUCCCGACCGUGAGGUUCUUCAAGGCCUUUUCCAAGGGUGGCCCUGGAGCGACGUUGGCAGUGGCUGGAGCUGACAUGCAGACGCUGCGGGAGAGGCUCAUUGACGCACUGGAGACCCAUGGAGCCACGUGGCCCCCUGCCUGUCCUCCACUGGAGCCGACCGGGCUGGAGGAGAUCGAUGGGUUCUUUGCCAGAAACGACGAAGAGUGCCUGGCCCUGAUCUUUGAAAAGAAAGGCUCCUACCUGGGUAGAGAGGUGAUUCUGGACCUGUCCCAGCGCGAAGGCAUUGCGGUACGCAGGGUCCUCAACACGGAGGGCGACGUGGUGAGCAAGUUCGGUGUCACCGACUUCCCGUCUUGCUACGUGCUGUUUCGGAACGGCUCUGCCUCCCGGGUUCCUGUGCUUAUGGAAUCCAGGUCCUUCUAUACCGCUUACCUGCAGAGGUUCGCUGGGGCCACCCGGGAGGCUGCCCAGACCACGGUUCCGCCAAUCACUGCGAAUACGGUCGCUCCCACCGCGUGGAAAGUUGCAGACCGCUCCAAGAUCUACAUGGCUGACCUGGAGUCCGCACUGCACUACAUCCUGCGGGUGGAAGUGGGCAAGUUUUCCCUCCUGGAGGGGCAGCGCCUGGUGGCCCUGAAAAAGUUUGUGGCAGUCCUGGCGCAGUACUUCCCCGGCCAACCUUUGGUACAGAACUUCCUGCACUCCGUCAACAACUGGCUCCAGAAGCAGCAGAGGAAGAAAAUUCCCUACGGUUUCUUUCAGACUGCCCUGGAAAACAGGAAGGAGGGCGUUGUGAUUGCCAAGAAGGUGAACUGGGUCGGCUGCCAGGGGAGCGAGCCACAUUUUCGGGGCUUUCCCUGCUCCCUGUGGGUCCUCUUCCACUUCCUGACCGUGCAGGCAACACGGCACAAUGUCGAUCGCUCUCAAGAAACAGCCAAGGCCCAGGAGGUCCUCCAGGCCAUCCGGGGCUACGUCCGCUUCUUCUUCGGCUGUCGAGACUGUGCUGGCCACUUUGAGAAGAUGGCUGCUGCCUCCAUGCACCGGGUGGGCAGUCGGGACAGCGCUGUUCUCUGGCUGUGGUCCAGCCACAACAAGGUCAAUGCUCGCCUCGCAGGGGCCCCCAGCGAGGACCCCCAGUUCCCCAAGGUGCAGUGGCCGCCCCGUGAGCUCUGUUCUCCUUGCCACAAUGAACUCCGGGGGACGCCCGUGUGGGACCUGGGCAACACCCUCAGCUUCUUCAAAACCCACUUUUCCUGGAGCAACAUCAUCAGGGACCUUCCUGCAGCGGAACCCCCCCUGCGGGGAGCACAGAGGAUGGCCGCCACCGAAGAGCGGGAGCUGGCGGUCGGAAACUCCACUCUGGGCCCCGCGGAGGCUGAGCGCAUGGUGGGCCCAGGGGCCACGUUCCCCUGGACUCUCGUCCUGGGUGCUUUAGCGGACAGACUUGGGGCCAGUGGCCCCCCGGAGAUGCAGGCUGGCCUCGGUCGAGACUUGGGAGCCGGGUUGCUGGCUGAGCUCCCGGCUGAGGACCUCCCCACAGGCCCUUCAGAGCGGAGACGCGUGGGCCGCAGCUCCAAGCAGCUGGCCGGUGUCCCCGAGGGGGAGCCCGAGGCUGGGGCCCUGCGGGGCCGCGGCCAGUGGCUGCAGGUGCUGGAAGGCGACUUCUCGCACCUGGACCUCAGCCUCUGUGUGGUGCUCUACUCCCUGUCCUUCAUGGGCCUGCUGGCCAUGUACACCUACUUCCGGGCCAGGAUGAGGGCCCUGAAGGGCCAUGCCAGCCACCCCACAGCCUGAACCGUCAGCUGGGGAGGGUGGCAGGAAAGGGAGCUGCUGCUACCCAUGGGCUCUUCCAGCCCCUGCCCGCUCCCCGCCUUGCUCUUUGUCCAGGGAAACCCAGGAAAACCAGUUGCUCCAGUGAACCCUCCUUGGUCCUUGUGGGAAAGGAUGUUCCAGAGACA